UCUCCCUUAGGCGGAGCGUGUCCAGCAGCUCAUUUUGAUCUCAUGCAUAUUCAGGCGCGCCACAACUUUGGAAAUGUGCGUCUGGCGCAGAUUGGUUGAAAUAUCCAUAGUAGUGCCGUGGUGGCCGCGCUGAUUUGUUGGUGUACGCAGCAAACUUUUUCCUUUGUCAGAUCGCUCAAUUUACCAUUAAUUGACUUCAUUGUAACAGAAAAAUGCGCGUCGUGCUUCCAAGCGCCCCUAAAUUUUAGCCGCAACGUUAGAGAACACUCUAGUGUCUCUGAGAUUUCCCGUACUAUUCGGAGCAGGAAAACCAUGGAGUGCAUAUCUGAAUGCUGCCCAUCCCUGCCUGUAUUGGGUGUAUGUCGAUGAGGAAGCUCCCGCUGUGAGCAAAAGAAAACUUUAAAAAGUAUCUUUGUCGAGAAUCGACUGCUGAACGUCUUCGCGUAGAGUGAAAUUGCUGGUGCCUUAACUUUUCUUUUACUUGAGAAAAACGCAAACAGGCUUUGCCUACUCUUUAAAUUGUUUUUUAUUCUCUCUCACGCAGCCGUCGUUGUCGUCCUGUAGCGUACGAUUCUGUUUUAAUGCGAGAAAUUUCUUAGCGGCGAAGCUUGGAGACGUGCAUCACCUCAGUGCCGUGCUCUGCAAGGUAUUUAGCAUCAUGGUGUCCCAGGAGUCGGCGAGGACAAACGGUCGCAAGGCUCAGGCAGUGCUGUGGGUACUCGUAUCGUCGUGUGUGCUGCUUCCUUUCUUAGCCGAAUGCUCCCUAGCUCAGAACGCGACCGUGGCUACCGGCCGGAGUGCGUCAGUAGCAGCGACUGCGAGAAGCCCGGAUAACACUGUGGACGAAGUAGAGGAGAUCGACUACGCGCAGGUUGCUCGAGACGUGAUGGCCGCGGGCCUGUCCAAAGUGCCGCGCUCUUUGAUGCGAAAACUGCUGCAAGCCGAAGUGCGGUCAGAGUGCAGCACGGCGCUGCUACGGACCUUGAGAGCCUUCCAGAACCUCGAACCGUGGGUUCUGAGACUUUUCGACGCGACCGGAAAGUACCCCACGGGCAUGUUGGAGGCCUCACACGUCGACAUGGGUGCGUUCGACGAAUGCCUCGACACCGUUGUGCGGGACCGUUACGGCAACGUGUUGUCCCAUGGCCAGUACUGCAACUUGCUUGUCCACAUUGAAAAUACCACAGCAAAGGAGCUGACCAGCUCCAUCUCGGACGUCCUGCAUCCGAGGCUCCGCUACUUCCUUGAUCAGCUUGUUGUUCCGGGAUAUCCCAUUGUUCGCCUGGCAGUAUGCUACGUCGAUGACUGUACCCAACAUGACUUACAAGUUUUGGCCAACUCAGUAAGGAUUCCACACAUCCGUCUGGAAAUGUCGAACUGCGUGACAGCAGAACCAAAGCCAUGGAGUAAUUUACAAAUAGGAAUUGUAAUAUUUGCAGCGAUCAUACUUGUUGCCAUUAUUACCGGUACACUCGUCGACCAUUUCGUGGAACAACCGGAAUGCAGAAAAAUACGGGGUGUCCUGUUCCAAAUCGCCGUGGCAUUCUCGGCAGAAUCCAACACACGGACGUUGGGCAGUGUCGCCGGCAAAGGUGAAAUCGAGCGGCACUCUCUGCAAUUCUUGCACGGCAUUCGGCUCCUCGCCAUUGUGCAUAUCGUGGCCGCACACACCUACCUGAUUUCGACGGAUAGCUUUUCAGGAUUGCUCAACCUGUUCACUGUCACAUCCGAGUGGCGAGUGGUGUUCGCUGCCGCAGCAUUCAACAGCGUUGACACUUUCUUCUUUCUGAGUGGAUUUCUUCUAUGGCACAUUAUGAGCAAGUACGAGAGAAACCUGCCUGCCGUGUUCAUCAUUGCUAUACUUAGGAGGCUUAUCAGGAUGUGCGUCCCUCUUUUUUUCAUCAUCAUGUGGUUCUACCUGCUGCCUCGUUUCGUCACCGGACCAAGCACAGAGGCCUUCUUUCAUGAUUUUUAUGUUGACAUGGCCCAACACUGGUGGCAUCUCCUGAUCCAGAUCAGAAACUUAUACGCACUGAACAUUGAGGACAAAUUAGAGCAUACAUGGUAUUUAUCGGCGGACUCCCAAUUCUUCUUGGUCUCGCUUCUGGUAUUGCUGAUAUUGGGAAGACGGAAGCCAGCGGCCCUGACAGCAUUAGCUGUGCUUUCUCUCCUAGGCUGUGCCAUCGCAACAUGGACCGUGGCCAGAUUCCAUCUGCCGCCCUUCGUUGUUCUCCCCUCCCCGAAUUAUCAGCGAAUGGUGAGCAUGAUGAGCGAAUACUACAUUCGUCCUUUUUAUCAUGCUGUGUGCUACUUUAGCGGCUGUAUGACGUCUCUCAUCGUAGCUGACUUCAGACAGCGCAAGAUUUCCAAGACCGUUCAGCUCGUAGGCUGGUGUGCAUCUGUGAUUUGCGGCCUAUUCUGUGUUUUGGUGAAGUUUCCUUGGUACUUGAGCCAAUAUCCCACGUCACAAAGCAUGGAGCUGCUUCUGGCAUUCUUCGAUAGGAUACUGUGGUCCUUCUCUCUUGGCUGGAUCGUACUGACAUGUGCUACAGGCCGAGGAGGAUCUCUGGCCAAGUUCUUGUCCUGGAAUGCAUUUGUUCCAUUGAGCAAGCUUUCGUACGGUGUGUACCUGAUCCAUUGGCCGUUCCUCGGACUCCUGAUGCAUGCAUCCAGAGAACGAGUCUACUGGUCGACAUUUAAUCAGAUCACGCUAUCCUUUGCCGUGCUCGUCUGGUGCUUCCUGCUGUCAUACCUGGUGUUCAUAGCGUGCGACGGGCCCACCGGAGUGCUGGAAAAGCUGGUUUUCAGGAGGUUUAUUGGAGGUGAUGGAGCCCAGAAGCAGAGACAGGAAGAACACCUCGAGAGUGGUGACGUGAAGACGAAGAACGGCGCAGACGGCAAUAAAAUUUUGCUACGCUUAUAACCAA